AUGGAUAACAAACAAAGGCCUAAAGGAAACCCUACUUUCAAGAAUUAUGAAGCAGCUGCAAAGGAUCGAAAAAUCGCUGCAUUACGAAAGAAACCGGAAAAAGAAAUAGAAGACGCUGUCAUAAAGUUGCAGAAAUCACAUUCAGAUAAACAAUCCGCCAGGACCUGUGCACAGUUAGAAAGCAAUAAAUUAUUGGAGACAUCCCACAUUAAUGAAACAAUUAUUAUGGAACUGGAAUUGGAUGAGGAAAAUGAAGUUUACCUAGGAAAUGAAAUGUGUAAAACUGUGGAGGACGAAUGGCAUAAUUUAAGACUACAAAUCUCGGCUCUUAACGUGCUUCAUGACGAGAAGAGAGAAAACUUUCAGGCACUCAAUAUAAGGGAACUGGAAAACUUAAUUUGUAUGACAAAAUCAAGGAUCAUUGAUGAAUUUAAGAGACAAAGGAAACUGGUGAAGGAACUUGAAAAGCAAAAUAAUCAGUUUAAACGUGAAAACAUAAAUAAAAACAAGGAGGAAGAAUGGGAGCAAAGUCUUUCAGAUAUGUUUCAAGAGCUCGAUGAAUCUUAUGAAUUGUUCACAAACAAGACCUAUACCUCAAUACAAAUUUUUUAUACAGUGCAGCUGUAUAGGUAUAUGGAAUGUCACAAUAUCCAUGUUAGAAAAAUGUUAUUAGAACUAAAAAGAAAUAGAGAAAUAUUGAAAGACUAUUUCAAUGACAUCCUUGAGAGGGAUAUUGCUGUUAUCUGCGACAUGCAGGCAAGGGUAAAUUAUAUAAUAGGUGGACCUAAAAAGGUUAGAAAUAUCAAAGAUCUAAGAAAAAUGAAGAAAAAGGAACAAGAACUGAAAAAUAAAGUCCAGGAAGUGAGAAUUAAUAUGGAUCUCUUACUGAGACGGCUCGGCAGCUUCCACAGAGCAGUUCAACAAAUCCAUAGGUCAAGAUAUGAAGCAUCAUUAAUAUUGUUACUUUCAGACUACGCAAGAGUGGUGCAGAUUGGCAAUGCAGAAAGUGUGCAAGAUGAAACGGGAGAUCCUCGCACCGCUUCUGCGCUACUCGGAGAUGAUAGGAUCACUGCUUCCACGUUUGCCACUGUUCACUUGGGAGUUUGCUCUGAGUUUGCCUUAAGAUUAUCACUGCUUGAAGAUGAGGUUGCGCCUCGUUCAGUCGUCGCCUUCCAGUUCCUCUACCUCCCUUUGGCCCUC